AUGAAACUCAGCAUUGUCGCAGCCAUCUUCACAGCAUCUGUAUCAUUUAACCAAGUUUUUGGUUCAAUGACUAAUGAUCUCAAGAGUGAAAAAGGAAUUCUUUUUGCUGAUGAGUCUUUGGGCAACCCACUGGACCCCCCUGUAGAGAUGCCAGAGUGUCAGGCAUGUGAGGCUUGUCAAGGAAUCAGGAAAGCUCCAACUGAGGUUUCUGAUGAAAAAAGUUGGAAUUUAACCCAGGAUUUUAUCAAUGUUUCUGAUGAACAUGGCCGGGAUUUGAAUUUUUGCUGA